AUGGAUCUACCACCACCCCCCUCAACAAUGAAGGCCUGGCUCUACAGCGGCACAGCCUCCGGCCUGGAGAAGAACAUGUAUCUGGACUCGUCCGCGCGCGUCCCGCCCCCUCUAAACGGCGACGAGGUGCUCGUUCAAGUCCUCUCAACCGCGCUCAACCCAGCCGAUUUCAAAAUUCCCGAAAUGGGCCCGCAUGUCCGCCACCUGGUUAUCGGUAUGCCCGCGUCCCCCGGAAUGGACUUCUGCGGGCGCGUAGUGAGCACCGGCCCAGGCGCGCCUUUCAAAACAGGCCAGCUUGUCUACGGGUGUCAUAGUAUGCCGGUGAAGUUCGGUGCACUUGCUCAGUACCUCUCUAUCUCGUCAAAACUAAUUGCGCCUGUUCCUGAGGGCGUAAAUGUUGAUGAUGCGGCGAGUUUAGGUAUUGCCGCGCAGUCGGCGUAUCAGGCUUUGGAUGGGUAUGUGAAGGAGGGUGAUAAGGUGUUUAUUAAUGGUGGAUCUGGAGGGUGUGGAAUUUUUGCAAUCCAACUUGCUAAGUACAUAGGAUGUUUUGUUGCCGUGACUUGUUCGACGAAGAAUGUUGAGUUGUGUUAUAGGCUUGGGGCCGAUGAGGUUAUUGAUUACACAGCAGUUGGUGAUCUUGUUGGGGCAUUAAAGAAGAAGGGGAUUGUCUAUGAUCAUAUUAUUGAUCAUAUUGGGUUGCCGUCGGAUUUAUACUUCCAGUGUCAUAAUUUCUUAAGACCUGGCGGUGUAUUUAUGCAGGUUGGGGCCUCGGCUUUGACUACUUUUGUUGGAAGAGUGGGUUGGCCUUCGUUUUUAGGUGGUGGAAAGAGGAAGUACGUCAUCUUCUUCUUUAAAAAUACCCAGGAGCACACUGUCAAGCUCGGAGAACUAGUUCAGAAAGGAGCUCUUAAGCUGCAGUUUGAUAGCAAGUAUGACUUCGAGGAUGCCGUGAAGGCAUUUGACAGACUUCGUUCAGGGCGUGCCAGGGGCAAGGUCCUUGUUCAUGUGGCUAACCCUCAAGGCGCGAGUGCGGUUGUCAACGAUUUCUUGUUUCAAUAG